GACAUAUUUAAGGAGCCUCUCACACCCUCACUCUUUGUCCCAGUGGAACAUCCAGUCUUGUGGUUACAUCUUGAAGGCCAGCCCAGAAACAAGCAAACAUGUGUGACGACGACGAGACCACCGCCCUCGUGUGCGACAACGGCUCAGGCCUGGUCAAGGCUGGCUUUGCCGGUGAUGACGCUCCCCGCGCCGUCUUCCCCUCCAUCGUUGGACGUCCUCGUCACCAGGGCGUCAUGGUAGGUAUGGGUCAGAAAGACAGCUACGUGGGAGACGAGGCCCAGAGCAAGAGGGGUAUCCUGACUCUGAAGUACCCCAUCGAGCAUGGCAUCAUCACCAACUGGGAUGACAUGGAGAAGAUCUGGCACCACACCUUCUACAACGAGCUCCGUGUGGCCCCAGAGGAGCACCCCACCCUGCUGACUGAGGCCCCUCUCAACCCCAAGGCAAACAGGGAAAAGAUGACGCAGAUCAUGUUUGAGACCUUCAACGUCCCUGCCAUGUACGUGGCUAUUCAGGCUGUGCUGUCCCUCUAUGCCUCUGGUCGUACCACUGGUAUUGUGCUGGACUCUGGUGAUGGUGUGACCCACAACGUGCCCAUCUAUGAGGGUUAUGCUCUGCCCCACGCCAUCAUGCGUCUGGAUCUGGCCGGUCGUGACCUCACCGACUACCUGAUGAAGAUCCUGACAGAGCGUGGCUACUCCUUCGUCACAACUGCCGAGCGUGAGAUUGUGCGUGACAUCAAGGAGAAACUGUGCUACGUGGCCCUGGACUUUGAGAACGAGAUGGCCACCGCCGCCUCCUCCUCCUCCCUGGAGAAGAGCUACGAGCUGCCCGACGGUCAGGUCAUCACCAUCGGCAAUGAGCGCUUCCGCUGCCCCGAGACCCUGUUCCAGCCUUCCUUCAUCGGUAUGGAGUCUGCCGGUAUCCAUGAGACUGCGUACAACAGCAUCAUGAAGUGCGACAUUGACAUCCGUAAGGACCUGUACGCCAACAACGUGUUGUCCGGUGGAACCACCAUGUACCCCGGUAUCGCUGACCGCAUGCAGAAAGAGAUCACGGCUCUGGCCCCCAGCACCAUGAAGAUCAAGAUCAUCGCUCCCCCUGAGAGGAAAUACUCCGUCUGGAUCGGCGGCUCCAUCCUGGCCUCUCUGUCCACCUUCCAGCAGAUGUGGAUCAGCAAGCAGGAGUACGAUGAGGCUGGCCCCUCCAUCGUCCACAGGAAGUGCUUCUAAAUUCUCCAGCCAGCAUCAAAAAAAAAAACAACCAAACACACCAGCUCUCCCUCUGAUUAUCUAUAUUUCUACUGUGCUCUAUUUUUGCUGUAUAUACAUGUACUGUUGUUAUUAAAAAAUAGUUGCUUUUAAUACUAA